CAGGAAGAGGAACUGUGCAUGCGGCAACUCUCCAGGACACAGCCCGCUGCUUGUCUGGGCCCCGCCGGCUCGCCAGAGAGACGAUAACCCCACUGCAGGGUGUGAGGAGUGGAGAGCUGCCCUGCGUGCAGCUCCAAGAUGAAGCCUCCAUCUGGGCAAGGCAUAAGGCUGGCGUGCCUUCUCAGCUUGGCUUCGCUCUGCCUUCCCACCCCGCUCUGGGAGGACCGAGACUCCCUCAUGCAGGAGGAGAAAGCCAGACUGACAGGUGGCAAUUUGGUGCUGAGCACCCAGGAGCAGCAGCUCAGCACGAAGCUCAUCAGCCUCAAGAAGAAAGAGGUCGCAGCAGCCUUGAACACGGGGCAGUUCCCUCCUAGCAUGCACUUCUUUCGGGCAAAAAGCCUCAUUGAACAGAGUGCAGUGUUCAGCAUCCUGAAGCGCAUGCCAAAAGGUGCUGUCCUACACCUGCACGACUAUGCCAUGCUGAGCGUGGACUGGCUGGUGUACAAUGCUACCUAUCUCCCUGACUGCUACAUCUGCUUCACCCACACGGGCACUGUUCGGUUUCACUUUUCCAAGCCUCACCCUCCUCAUCCAGUGCCAGCCCAGUGUUCCCAGUGGGUUUUGCUGGAGACUUACCGAAAACAGCUGCGCAAUGUGACUGAGUUCGACAACAGCUUGCUGAGAAACUUGACCCUGGUGACGGAUGCCCCGGAGCUGGCCUACCCUUCCCAGGCUUUCAUUUGGAAAAGGUUUGAAGAAGUCUUUCUCAUCGCUUCUGGACUUAUCUGCUAUGCACCUGUGUUCAAGGCCUAUUUCUACCAGGGGCUGCUGGAGCUUUAUGAGGAUAACAUACAGUAUGUUGAGAUAAGAGCUAUCCUGCCUGCGGUGUAUGAGCUCGACGGCACUCGGCACAACAAGUCCUGGUCGGUGGCAGCGUACCAGGAGGUGAGCAGGCGGUUUGUGCAGGAGCAUCCCGAUUUCCUCGGAGCAAAAGUUAUCUUCACAGCACACAGGAUGCUGAAUAUUUCCCAGAUUAAAGAAGCCAUCAUCACCGCUAUGGAACUCAGAGCCCACUUCCCAGAUACUCUGGCAGGCUUCGACUUGGUUGGCAAUGAGGAUGAAGGUCAUUCUUUAUGGGAGUUUAAGGAUGUCCUGACCAUCCCAUAUUCCCGGGGGGUCAACCUGCCUUACUUCUUCCAUGCUGGAGAGACAGACUGGCAGGGCACCUCUGUAGACAACAAUGUACUGGAUGCUCUGAUACUGAAUACCAGCCGGAUUGGCCAUGGACUUGCACUCACCAAACACCCAAUAGCCAAAAAUUUGUCUCUGAAGAGGGAUAUUCCUGUAGAAGUCUGUCCCAUCUCCAACCAGGUGCUGCUGUUGGUGUCUGACUUGCGGAGCCAUCCCGCAGCCAGUCUAAUGGCUGAAGGACACCCUGUUGUGGUCAGCCCUGAUGAUCCCUCUAUCUUUGGGGCAAAGGGUGUCUCCUAUGACUUCUACGAGCUGUUCAUGGCCAUUGGAGGGAUGAAUGCUGACUUGAGGACCUUAAAACAACUUGCGCUCAACUCCAUAAAAUACAGUGCCAUGCUACUGGAUGAGAAAGCCAAGGCCAGAGAGGUCUGGCAGAAAAAAUGGGACCAAUUUGUGGCUGAUCUCACUGAUAGCUCGUUGAUGGAGCUUUAGAAGGGAAGAGAUCUGUCUCGGAAGGCAUUUGGCAAGCCAGAGAAAGCCAACCUUGUUGCUGGGAGGCAGCCUGCUUCUUCCAUGUGACUUGAGCAGAUGAAGGAACCUCUACGUCUCAGCCAGCCAUGGGCAAUGUGGUUAAGCUGAGCUUAAUGCUAGGAAUGAGCUGUGCUAUCCUGUAGAAGUCAAGGGCCAGGGGUGAAGCAGCGAGCCUCUGUAACAAUACCAGCACAGCAUGCCACUCAAAAUAGUCAAAAUAAUUGUAAGUUGCCGAUGACCAAAUCCUGACAUCCUUAUUUAGAAAAAGCUUGCCUUCUAAUUAGACUCAGUGGAUCAUUGCCAACAUGAGGAUCCCUGAAUUUUGCCUUACUGUUACAAAAUGCAGACCUUGUCCAGAAACAGCUAAGACAAACAUCCAGCCACUUGGGCCACUGACCUUCGGAGAGCAAGGACUGAAAAUGACUCUUGUUAUGUUUAACCCUGGGCCUGCUGCCAAAAUAGCACUGCUGGGUUGAAGUACCAGUCGUAGGUUUGAUGUCUGCUAUUUCAGGACCUACCAUGGCUGGAAACAAGCAGAUGGAACCAUACAAAUGUUCCCAGAUUGUGUAAGCUUGGUUGCACAGAGAUCAGAAGGACAAAAAGAGGUGCCUCAUUUGCCCAUGGCUGUUUUCCUUUCUCUUCCCUGCAGAAUCCUUUCCUGUUUUCUGGUCACAGGAAAGCUAAACACUUUUCAUCUGAGAAAACCCACCCUGGCUUCCCAGAUCCUGUUUGACUAAACACUCAUCCUGCCCUUCAAGGUAUUAACAUAGGCUCUGAAUUUAUAGGAAGUGCCUUUUGAUAUCAAGAUCAAAAUAUAUGAUCACUACUGGCCUUCAUUGCCUUAUUCAGCCCAUUCACCUUGGUGAUAUUCACCUUGGUGAGAACCAAUCUCAUACUGUGCAUAUCCAAUAGGUUCACUUGGACUUUUGCAGUUGCCAGUAUUUUCACUAAAAGUUAUUACAACAGCUACACAGCAAAUUGUGCCUAGGCAAGUGGACUCCCUUACUUAACAAGCUCAAAAAUAUCAUGGAAAGAACUAGUUUCUUGGAGAUUAAAAAAACUUCAUCAGGAUGCUAAAUAAAUCCAGCAAAAUCUGUGAGUACACGGAACAAGGAACAAGCCAGGAUCAACCAGCAUCUCUCUGGCAUUAGUACAAUUGCCCCAGUUUACAGCAGCCAAGGGAAAUCUUACAAAUGUUCCUUCUGAAAGGUGCCUCCUCCUCAGAGCCCAAGAUUGAGUGGACUGCUGUUUCUUGAUCUGACCAGCUUGGGCAAACUGGCUCCCUUUAAGCUAAUAAUCCUGCUAAUUGUCUCAAGCUGCCUGGUCGUUGUUUAUUUCCACUAACCUUGGUUAAAACACCUUAUCAGGAGACAAAUAUACUCACUACAGAAGCAGAUCAAGCUGUGCAGCCCACAUAUCCCUUGCGUGCUCAACGUUAAGAGGCCCACAUGCUUCUGUCUAGUAAUCCAAGGCAAAACCAACAAAAAUUCACUGCAAAUGGAAGGCAGCUGGGUUGCAGAAGCCAGCGAGGCAAGCCACUGAAAGCAGAAGUAGAAGCCAGUCAGACACCGCAUGCAGCGGGUGGGCUCUGUGCUGGGUUCUGCUGGGCCUUGCCAACCAGCUGCCUUCAGCUCCAGAUCUGCCCGCAUGACCCACACCUUCCUCUUGUCCCCCACAGCCAAUCUUUGCUGUUCAGCCUUCUGUGGGCCUCACUGCACAUCUAUCCAUGGGAUGAACUUUAUACUGGAAGAGGAGUUACUGUAGAAGCACCUUUCCUCCUUUUCCUCCUCCAUGGGUAUAGCAUGCAGAGCUCAGUCUGAAGUUCCCAAUGCAGGCAUUCCUUUCACACCCAUAACAACUACUGCCUGGGAAAAUAUCUAAUGUCUAAUCCUGCUGAAGAAAGCUGUUGCAAACAGGUAGGAUGUCUGCUCACCACUGACCUAAAGCCAAGUUCCUCUGAGUCCCCUCAAAAUUUAACCUUUGCUGUAUGGGAAAGGAGGAAGUAUUUAUUCUCUAUGAGUUUCUUCCUCCAGGGCAAGCCUCACUGCUGACCAAAUGAAGCUAAUAGCAGAAACCAGGAGCCACCAGUGAGUGACACUGUUUGGGAUUACAGCAUAGAAAUCACUGGGGAGUUCAAACUGUGCAGGUCUGAGGUGGUCUUCAGACAAAGCCCUCAGAAAGGUGAACCUUGACUAUACAGGCCUACGUUCUGACUUGUGAUCUCCUGCUGCUGAAGGUGUCCAUCUGAGGGUUGGUCAGAUGGCAGACACUUUCCUAUCCUAAUCAGGUGUGUUUAAAUGUGAACCUGAACUGAACCUCUGACUCCAGAGUAUAGCCUUCCUUGUACCUCUUUCUGAACAGGGCAUUGCCUAUGUGGGGCCUUCCCAGGAGUCCCCUUGGAAGAUGAGCUGUAAGUGUUUUCAGAGCUGCAGGGUUAGACAGGAGGAGGGCUGCCCUGAUUUGCAGCUGGCAACCAACUCUUUCUUAGAGCAUGCCUUAUUUCAGAGAAGGAUCCUAACAGAAAAAUCUAGACUGCAUCCCCACCUCUCCAGCUCCAGGUGUGCAAAAAGGAGGGAUUAAGGCUGAACCGCUGCAGUUGAGAAAGUGGAAUCUAUUCCACUUAAGACAGCUUCAAGGCUUAGGGUAAACUUGGCUGUGGGGCUUGGCUGGGACUUGGCUUUUAACAUUCACAACAACAUUUUAAGUGUUUUGCUGCCAGUUUGUUUCUGUACAAUUAGUACUUAGAUCCCUGAUCACUUUUAAUGUACAUCAUAUGCAAUGCUCUCAUGCACAUUUCCUUCUGAACACAGUAUUCAUUUAAAUCUUUAAACCCAUUCCCAGUACUUCUCUCUUUAACAAAUGAACCAACAAAAACAGAGCUGAGGAUACCAGUAUUUUAUGCAAAGUUUUCUUCUGGAAUGUACAGCACAAGGGGGAUGUUCCACGUCACUCAGAAGAGUACAAUUGUGAGACUGAAAUGCCCUCUCAGCAUGGUGCAAAGGGCAGUCUGACCCACAGGGCUAGAAUUUUGGAGCUGAGCCUGGGUUGCCCUCCCAGUCCCUCUUUCCCACUCCACACAGUAGCUGCAUCCAGCUCUGGGUCAUGGUUUCCAAGGAAUAUCACCUGACGGACAUGAUCUGCCUGUCUCACCUCUCCUUCCAUUACAGCUUGUACCAUCUCUGCAGUGGCCACAGCACAGCAAGUAAAAGGAACUACUGCAGGUCAUUUCACCCACUUCUAGCAUGAUUUUAACAGAGGAAAACAAGAAGGGUAAACACUCUGUGACCAGCCCAUUUCUUUCAAAGUUGACAAGUGCUUCCUGGAGCAUCAGCUAACUGUGUGGUACAGCCAUGGCCUCUUUUCCCCAGUGCCAAUAAAGGUGAGCAUGGGAAGAAAGGGCCAGCUAGAGAACCUGAGACAUGGGUGGCGCUGGAGUGAACAGGGCUGGAGGCAGCAGUGAAAGUGGUAGGAGGCUGCACUGCACAAAGCUAGAGCUGAUGGGGAAGAAGGAGCCCCCUUUCAUGUUCAUAUGGGUUCAGGAGCAAGGAAGGAGAGCAGAAAAUCCUGAGAUUUUUCUGUACUGGCUACCUCAAGCUGUCACAGGCACAUAUCAAACCUUAUGCCUGCUCUCUCCCUCACCAGUUGCUCCCUGUGGCCUCUUCAGGCUUGAUUUGUGUAAAAGGGAAGUGGACAGAACUUUGUUAGCCGCACACCAUCACAAAUCCAUGGCUGUUCUGUGGCACAGCAGCUCACAUCACCUUUGGAGCACUCCAGUAAAUGAGGUGUUUACCUUCGGGUCACUCACUAGUAGGAAACUGCUGAUCCAGCACUAUAAGUUGCUGUCAAAAAUUAAGCCAGCAAAAACAGAGAAGUGGAAAACAGUUGGUUGAAAAUAGAGGUAGGCCCAAGUAAGCCAGUGGGGCUAUAUGCAAGCCUCCAUUGCCGCAGUGGGACCAAACAGAAGCCAGGUGCUAUGCAAACCCUUCUAUCUGGCCAUAAAGCACAGGGCUGCUCAGCCUGAGGUAGGUUUUUCUGCUGCAAAUCGCUGAAUUAGUCUCUUUCAAAGCAGCAGAAGGACAUUUCCUUGGCCAGAAACGUGCAGCUUUAAUUGGCUAAGUGCUUAAUUCCUUUCUUUAAAGGUUUGCAGCAGUUGCAAUGAUGGCAAGUGGAUCGAGUAUUUUCUGCCUGCUGAGGGACAGGCAGGUGAAGGGUCUGGCUCUCAAUUCUCCUGGCCUGUCAUUUUUAUCAGGCCGUGUCCUCCCCCUAGGUCAUUACGGGAUAAGAAAGGCAUUUUACUGUAUUUUCUCAACCUCUCGGUUGUCCAUCAUUCCACAGGCAGUCUGCAGCAGGGAGGGAGAGGAGAUAAAGCCGGGGGAAGGGCUGUCUCGACCCACUGGGGCCUCUGCAGGAAGAAAAGCGAGGGAAGGUGGGCUGCUUCCAAGGAGGGUGUUAGAAGGUCAGUAAGGGGGUGAUGACAGGGCUGAGAGCCCGGAGAAAACAGAGCUGCAGGGUUUACACAGAAACCAAAGCAGGAGGCUGUGGGCAACCAACUGCUGUGCUUGCCUUGAAAGCGAGGGGGGCGGGGAAACAUCUAAGAGAGGAAAAAGAGUCUCAGUGGGCUGGCUGAGAGGGGCAGAGACGGCCUCUGGGGGUGUUAGAGAUACAGCUGGCAACA